AUGGGGAGACACAACAGGGGACGAGCGGCGCAGUGGGAUAGUAUGGCGCGGGUGGAAGAGCUGGAGAGUGAUGAAGAAGAGGCUGACGAGGCGGAGUAUCAGCGGGAGUUGGUGCGCAGUGGCCGGUUGCCGUACAUGCGACAGUUGGAGUAUGGGGGUCGGGGAGCACGGCGGCGGCUGGCAGACCACGAUGAAAUGAAUGACGAAACCCAAUCGGUGGUCGACGGGGCGGACUAUGACUUGUAUGAUCACGGAGACAGCACGGUGUCCUACGCGGUUCAACUCGCAAUGCGGGACAAGGAGGAUCAACUGGUGGAGAAGGCGCUGGAGCGGAUUCGCCGCGCGCAGAUGAUGGGGAAGAAGAAUGUCAAGUUGUCGCAACGGGAGUUGGACGCUCUGGAGCGCAAGCGUCUACAGACGGACGGAACUCGACGCCCAAAGAACUCGAAAAAUCCCGCCCUUCCAGCGGCCGGACGACCGAAUUCCCGUCGCAACACAGUGGUAGCUCCGCCUGAGCAGCCAACGGGCUAUCCACCCUUUGCGCCUGAUGCCCAGGGGAUGUGGCCAUGGGGAGCAGGCGCCGCGCACGGCCGGCCGACGAGCUCAUCUUCUGCUCCGCGACCACGGACCCCAACGACGCACUCCCUCCGCCCCCAGCAGUCCAACUCGCCCCUCCGACCUACAUACCCACCGUAUCUUUCCAACGGCCGUUCGCAGUCAAUGCCUCAGCAUCAUAUGUAUGCGCGGCCACUACCAGACGAUCCUCAAUGGGCUCCGCCGUACUUCAAUCCCGCGUCGAUGGACCCAUACGCCGCCGACGUGCCCCAAUACCCGCCGUCCGUACCCUCCGAUCUUCGAGUUGGACCCAGGAAUCGGACGAGCUACCCUCCUGAUUAUCAUUCUCAUCAUCGGGCUUCCAUGGACGGCCGCCAGUCCCGGGGAGCGCGGCCAGCUCCAUCGGAGACCGAGUCGGAGGAGUCCAGCAGCGAAGAGGAAGGCGAGGAAGAGGAGACCCCCAGCAGUGAUGAGGAGGAGGAAGAAGAAGAGGAUGAAGUGCAGGUGGUGAAGGUGGUUGAGCGCCGAGGUCCGUCCGGCUUCCAGCGGCCUGUCUCUGGCAAUCGCCGUGGGCGAGGACGACGGGCCGGUCGUUGA